AUGGCGAGCAAAGAGACGGGGAAGGACUCGGACAAAGUCGAGGCACGAGACGCCGUGUCGGAGCUACCGCGAGGCAAUCGACGCUAUGUGACGGCGUUUCUAUGUCUCUUUGUCUCGACCAUCUGCUACGCUGACCGGACCAACAUGGGCAUAGCGUUGCCGGCGCUCGUGAUCGAUAAGAAGGAGCAGGGCGAAGUGCUGUCGGCGUUUUUCUAUGGCUACAUGUGCACUCAAAUCCUCGGGGGGUAUUUAGCUGCUAGAUUUGGCGCGAAGAUUGUGUUGCUCACUGGUGUUGUCGUCUGGACGCUAUUCGAUUUGUCGACAGUGGUCGUGGCAAAAUGCCUCACGUGUCUGUUUUUCACGAGAGCAGGUAUGGGCGUUGGAGAAGGCAUCUUGUUCCCUUGCAUGCACCAGAUCGCGAGUGCAUGGUACCCGGUACAGGAAAGGAGUCGUCUCGUGACGCUAGUUGCAAGUGGCUCCGAUCUGGGCACCAUCUCUGCACUGAUCAUAUCGCCUGCGAUAAUGGCAGCCAGUGGCUGGCAACGCAUUUUCGGUGUGUUUGGCGCUUUCAGCUUCGUCUGGGUUGUGGCGUAUGUGUUUAGAGGAGCUAGUCGGCCAGAAGAUGACCCACGCAUCACCGUGGAGGAACGAACGUUCAUCCUGCGCAACCGCAUUGCAAAUCCAAGCACCACCUGUCAACAUCGCGCCGAUCUGGACAUCCAUACGUUGAACUGGCGCGUGUUGCUAACGUCACGGCCUGCGUGGGCGAUCUAUGUCGCGCACAUGUGCUACAACUACAGUUGGUAUAUCCUGCUGGGCUGGAUCCCGCAGUAUUUUGGCCAAGUCUUGAACCUUGAUCUGACCAAGAAGGGCGGGCUCGCUGCGGCGUUGCCCUACAUGUGCGGCUACAUCGGGACUCUACUGUUCGGACGGCUAGGAGACCUGUUAGUCACUCGCGGCUAUCGUGCACUGCAUGUGCGUCAAGUCAUGAAUGCGUUUUCGUUCCUCGGAUGCGCUUGCUUUCUCGUCCUGCUGCGAUUCGCGAACUCAGCCCCCGCUGCAGUUGCCGUGCUGUGUAUGACACUGUUCACCGGUCGCGCCGCUAUGGCUGGAUACUGGGUCAACAUGAUCGAUGUGGCGCCAAACCACGCCGCGCACAUUAUGGGCGUCUCCAACACCUUUGGAACUAUUCCUGGCAUCAUUGGCAAUUUGGUCACAGGCGCAAUUCUGCAAGCUACGGGAUCGUGGGACCUCGUGUUUGCAGUUGCUGCGCUUGUCCUCGUCUUCGGCGCGACGUUUUUCCAUUGCUGCGCAUCGGAUGAAUCGAUUUACACACAGCCGAGCUAUGGAGAAGGGUACGACGGAAGCAGCGCAACUUCAAACAGCUUUCCUGGUAGCCUCGAUUGCAGCCUGUCUCUUUCGUCGAUCCCUGACGAAGAGGAGAGCUUGCUCGAAAACCAAAUAUGA